AUGGGCUCAAAUACGAUUAUUCUUCUAAACCGAUGGAAGGGCAGCCUCUACAAGUUGGUGUGGUUGGAUCUGCUUGGCUAUCUUUUCCUUCACUACUUCGUCCAACUCAUCUACUGGGUAUUUCUCAACCACUCACAAAGAAUAGCUUUUAAUGAAGUUGUGGACUACUGUGAGGAGAUCCGUGGACAAGUACCCAUCUCCUUUUUGCUCGGUUUUUUCGUCUCUGGUGUCAUUGGACGUUGGUUUGAUACCUACAUGUACAUUCCAUGGCUCAACAACAUCAGCUAUCAAAUCGCGGCAACGAUAAACUGUGCGGAUCCCCGAGUGGCCUUGAGAGCUCGGCUGACGGUGAUGCGACACCUCAAUCUCUCUUGGAUUCUCAUGAUGCGAACCAUCAGUGACAGAAUCUCCAAUCGUUUUCGAAUGCAGUGUACUGCCACAGAGGGCCAUAAGAGGCAGCGACUGCGACACAAUCGUCACGACAUAUUCCGGAGCUCUGAGUGGCCUGAUGAAAAGUUGAAGAAGUCUCAUUCUAGGAAGCGAGGCUCUUCACCCCUCACCGCAACCUCGCCCUUGCAGGCACAAACAAAACCAUCCCCAACAGCCUCAGGUGUCUUCAGCUUUAAUAAUCCGGAUAACAGCCUCUUCGAUGCGCCUGAUGACUACGGGCUGCGAGAGACGCUGAAGAGCAUCAACAACGACAAAAAGGUGCAGCAAACCUUUGGCAAGUUGAUAACGGAGCCCGAGAUCCGCGCAUUCGAGGCUAUUGGGAGGCGAUACUUCCAAAAAACGCGUCAACGCUACCUGCCCGAGUACUGGGUGCCCCUCCAGUGGGCGGUGCGUGUGGUGCAGAAGACCGCUCUGCACGGCAACAUCCCCGACCCGAAGAUCUUGAUUACUGUCUUGAAUGAACUUGGAAAAUUCCGGGAACGGUUGCAACUACUUAAAACCUUCAGUAGUCUCACAAUGCCACUUGUCUACACUCAGGUGGCGGUUAUUGCGGUGUACAGCUACUUCAUCUGUCAAAUCCUGGCGACUCAGUACACCGAGCGUGCCGUGAACGAAACCAACAUCAAUGCCAGCAUGCCAGUGCCUCUUUUCAGCGUCUUCUACUUCAUCUUCCUUGUUGGAUGGCUAAAGGUGGCCCUAUGUGUAAUGAGUCCCUUCGGCGACGACUACGAGGACUUCGAGACCUCAGAGAUCCUGGAUUACAAUCUCGAUGUCAGCUAUCGUGUCGUUUUGAUGGACGAGGCGACUUAUCCGGAGGACCUGAAACGCGCCACCUUCGCCUUACGUACCAUGGACGGGUGUGAGAACGACAGUCUACGUACCUUCUUGGACAGCGUUUCACGCGACCUGGACGAUGUGGAGUUUGACGAGAAUGCAAACGACAUUCACAACCUUGAGGUGAGGCCGGAUUUCUUGAAUCAACUCAAGGAACGAUUUUGUAGCAAACGGGAGAAGGCACAGCGAUUUGAAGAUGACAAGAAAAUUAUAACCGAAAUACCGAAUCCCUUGUCAUACUGA